AUGGAUUACGAGGACGAUUUGAGUGCCCCAGUUUGGGAUGAUCUGAAUCCUCUGGCAGAGGCUGACACAGUUGAAGAAACAGCUCUGUCUGAGGAAGAAAUUGAGGAACAAAGUGAAGACUCGGAUGGUGAAGAGGAAGUUCAGGUGGACUCUACGAGCGGUGGCUGGGGUGAUAACAAUGAAACGAAGAAGGAGUUGCUCAACGAUUUGGCCCCAAUGGAGGAUCCGUUGUCUGGUUUACUCAAUGAGUCGCCCAGCAAGCGUGGAACAACACCAGGGGCGCUUUUUGAGAGCCAAACUGCGCCUUUGAUAUCAAUAAAUGAGGAUGAUCUCAGCGCGUCGAGCUAUACAGCGGCAAAGGGUCACAGUACCCCUAGGAAACUGUUUGACUCUUCGAGAAUCAGAAGAAAUAUUAAAGUACCCUUGAACAGUGACGGGAAUAGUGCGAAAUCGGAGAGCUCACAUUCAGUAAUAGACCCAUUGGGACAGGCUGAAAAAGAUAGAGAAUUUGUUGAUGAACCACUCGACGAUAGAGUUACAAAUUCACAGCAUGCUAACAGAAGUAUAUUUGAACAAGUCGAAAGUCCACUAUAUCACAUAUCUCCCAAGAAAAAGGCAAUGGACACCAAUACCGAUAUAACACCAACGGAAAGCGUGCAUAAUAAAACUGAGGAGGCAAGCCAACAGGACAUCGAGGAUGAACCAGUCAUAAGUCAUUUCCAGAUUGAAGUUACAGACCCUAUAAAAGUUGGAGAAUUGACAUCUAGCCAUAUCAAAUACACAGUCAAUGCCGAGUCUGAGCUUUUAAGCCCUAACCAGAAUCAAGUAAGCAGAAGAUAUAGGGACUUCAGGUGGCUGUACAGACAACUACAAAAUAACCACUGGGGGAAAGUGAUACCGCCUCCACCGGAAAAGCAAACCGUGGGCACUUUUCAACCGGAGUUUGUGGAAACAAGGAGACUACAGUUACAAACCAUGCUACGACGUAUAGCAAAUGAUUCCGAUCUACAGCGGGAUGAGCACUUCCAUAUGUUCUUAACUUCUGAUAAUUUUGCAGAGGAUUCUAAGCGUGUAUCCUAUGAAACUGGAUCAAAUGCCAACAACGACAACAACGAUAUAUCUGAGGUACACAUCAGUGAAAUCCAGUUGCUGGGACCAGAGGAAGGCGCGUUUGUGAUAAAGAAUGGUGGGCUUGAUAGCGAAUACAAGAAAGGUUUCAUGAAUAUCUCUUUCUCAUCCAUUCCCAAAUAUAAUGAACCAGACAAGUUUUUCGUUGACGAACUAGACCGAAUCACAGAUCUAGAGAAUCAACUGAAAAAGAUGCUGAAAGCUGUAGAAUCGAUAGAGGAGCAACGCAGAGAACUUUCCAGCUAUACAUAUGAUCUAGCAAGCUUAAUCGAAAGCUUGGGUGCUUUAGAUGUAACUAAAGGUAGCACCAAGCUAUGCUAUGAGUUAGCUGAAACACAGAAAAGAGUAAAGGAAUCUCUCGAAAGAGACGCUUUACAAGAAGCAAUUACGAUGGGCGCUACACUUGAUGAGUAUGUAAGAUCAUUAGCAAGUCUUAGAUCGAUAUUCUACCAGAGAGCUAAGCUGGGAUACUAUCUAGUAAUUGUUGAAAAUGAUUUCCAAAAGAAAAAACAAGAUGUGGAGAAAAUGUGUCAUAACAAUAAACAACCUGCAAACAAAGAAAGAUUUCUGGCUGCAAGAGAUAGCGUAAAGAAUAUCGAGAGAAGAGCAAUAACCGUCAAGAAGGCAUGGCAUGAUAUUGGGGAGAAAAUCAAAAAAGAAGUUUCAAGUUUUGAUCGUUCUAAAAUGGAAGAAUUUAGAAAUUGUAUGGAAAUAACACUUGAAUCCGCGAUCGAAUCUCAAAAGGAAUCCAUCGAGUUAUGGGAAACGAUGUAUCAUGAAAAUUUGUAA